AUGGCAGCUAGACAAACAAGAGGGCGUCAAAUAAUUCCAAUGCAACAAAUCGAAAAUCGCAAUGACAUGUAUGCCACAUUUACAAAACGGCGCCAUGGCCUCUAUAAUAAAGCAAGUGAGCUCAGCACCCUUUGUGGUGUCGAUAUUGGGAUAAUUAUAUUUUCUCCUACGGGAAAUCCAUAUUCAUUUUUCCAAUCCAGUAUGGAAUCUGUACUGGAGAGAUUUAGGAAUCCGAACCAGCCCAUGAGCAACGAAUCUCAACUCCUCGAUGCUCAAUCCCGGAAUCGAAUGAGGCAGCUCAAUCAGCAGCUCGAUGAGAUCCUUGAAUCGAAAGACGAACUGAAAGAAAAGGACAAGCAGCUUGAUGAGGUUGAUGACACUCGCCCCAAAGGCUGGUGGGAAGAGGUACCCGUUGGGAAUCUGGAUGCAGGUCAAGUCCAGGAGUGGAUCACCUGGUUCGAGGCCCUUCAAUCCCAAGUCCAAAGGCGAGAGCAAAUGAGAAGAUCAUGA